AUGAGCGCCAUGGUCCCUAUGAUCGCCGCCACUGACACCACAGUCAAGCCAGCGUCGCUACCAGGACUCCCCAUUGAAGUGGGCCGUCUCAUAUUCUCCAUGGCCGACGUGGCCUCGGUGUGCUACCUCUACAUUGCCUACUACCCCUUACCUUAUGCCAAGGAGAUUGCCCUGUAUCUCGACUCAUGUAAGGUCCGAGUGAGCCCCGCGGUCGUGGUCAUCGGCAACCUCAGUGAUGUGAUUGACUUUGAUACACUUGCUAAGCUACCUCCGUGUGAUAUCAAAGUCAGAUGUUCGCGUUCCGAUAUUGAUUAUACCCUUGGCUACCUUGCCCACAUGGCAUACAAGCUGGUGGCGUUGGACAUUGAUUCAUUCAAUAUCGAUAUGAUCCCCCGCCACCACCCUGACUUCCGCUGCCUCGGCGACCGGUUGACUGAGCUCCGCUUGCUUAGCUCAGCGGUCGAGCAAGAAUAUAUCCCCACGUCGGUGCAGUCUCUCAUCCUCAGCAAGUGUGUGUGCUACGACUUACUUGACCUUGUGCACUAUACCAAUCUUACUGAGGUAAACCUUGAUUUCACCCGGUUUGUUGCUGGCGUGCGGUUGCCGCCACUGGUCAUUGAUCUCCGCUACUACGUCAAAGAAGAUGAACCGCGGCUCGAUGUAUCGAAUUUGGUGAACCUCAAAAUCAUUGAUAGCUACCAAGUGGACAACGUGCGCUGGUCCCAAAUUGAAAGAUCCAGUGAAGGCGAUAUCCCUACGGGAGUGACGAUGGAGCACUUGAGGGAACUUGAAGUGCACAACCAUGCAUCCUUCCGCACCAACCGUCUUCCAAAACUUGAGGAAGUGUUCGUCUGGCUGCUGGACUGGGCAGAGACGGUGGAAGAGCUCUUUACUAGUGCCCAACUCGCGAACUUGAGAGACCUCAACGCCUCCAAUCUUAUGAUAUCGAAUCUUGGAGUGCUUCAGAAUGUCACCAAACUCGCCUUUGAGUUGAGAGAAACGCUCACCGAAACCUUCCCCUUACCCCCUAACUUGGUUGACCUCCUGAUCUUCUCUCCAAACCCGGUCGAAGGCAUCCCACCCCAAAUCAAGCAUUUUUCGUAUGAGAGCCAAACCCACGGUCGGUGGGAGCGGGAGAAUUAUCCAUUCACGAGUUACGUUAUCACCAAGUCAAAGACGCUCCUCUCGUUGCUGAUUGAGAUCGCCUCCUUUGUCACCAUUGAGUGUCCCAAUCUCACCAAUCUAUACAUGAUGGAAUUCACUGCUUUCAACUGCAUUGCUGCUCCAAAGCUUAAAGAUUUACACUACUUAUCCAAGCUUCCGUUUCCUUUUGAAAAUGGCUUCGACAAUCUCAAUGAGGUGAUGUUGUUCGACGUGCCUCUGAAUAUGGUGUUCAAGCAACGCAUGAAGCAAAUCUCGUUGAGCAGCAUGGUACUCAAGUGUUUGUCAAUUUCAGCGGACGAAGUGAGCUUGCUGGCCUGUGUCCUCCCUCGUGAAUUCAAGAUUGACGCGACGGAACUCUCCGUUCGUUUGAUGAGCAUUAGUGGCCAGGGAAUCACUUGCAAGGAGUUGCGUUGCGAGGAGAUUGACCAGGUCCCAGUCAUGGUGGAGAAGGUCUCGCUCAAGUUGAGCAAGCCAAUGGAGAGUAGCGUUGACGACGAAUCCGAGGUACCCGAACUUAAGGGUUGCACGAAACUCCGAUCGCUUACUAUUGAAGGUGGACUUCAAUACUACCAGGACACAUUCCCUGUACCAUCCUCGGUGAAGCAGUUGGGAGUAACAGUGUGGGGGCGUCGUGGGACCUUGAAGUUUGACACAACCAAUCAACUCGAAUUUUUCAAGUUGAUGGAUGAGGUCGAUCAAGACCAGGUGCAAUUCAGCCUACAGCCGGCGUCAAUUUACAUGAAGAAAUUAGACCUUGGUCGUCAUCCUCCCGAGCGACCUUGA